CCGUCUUAGGGCAGUUUUUUUUGUGACAAUCGAUUUGUAUAAAGUGACCAGAGAAUUAGGGUUUGGCCUUGCCACUUAUCAUCUCGCCUGCAUCCACUAUUCGCUAUCAGAGAUGGCCAAGUCAAAGAAUCACACAGCACACAACCAGUCCCACAAAGCUCACAAGAAUGGCAUCAAGAAACCCAAGAGGCAUCGCCACACCUCCACAAAAGGGAUGGACCCAAAGUUUUUGAGGAACCAGAGAUAUGCAAGGAAGCAUAACAAGAAGUGUGGUGACUCGGCCACCGAGGAAGAGUAGAAACAUUGCUUUCUAAAUGGGCACUACUAUACCUUUAUAGUGUAGUGUCUCCAUGUUACUUGUUCUGGGUUUUAUUUUCCAGUAGUUGGCUGUACUGUCAAACUAGAAAUUUCGAUUUUGGAUCUUAGCUACUGAUGUUUGUUUAAGAUUCUUAAAGCCUUGGAUUCUUAUUCGAUGAGUAUGUUUUUGUUUCAACA